GCAGGCGCGUAUGCUGGGCGCUGCCCCUUACUAGUCCAGCCGGCCAAUGGGAGGCGGUGGCCAGGAGGGCGCGCGGCUUCGGAGGGUCGUUCAACGUCCCACGACCGUGCUGCCCACGGAGGCUCGUGACGUCACCGUAAAGCGCCGGAAAUGCAGGAUCGGCCGCGCGCCGCUAGCGGGGAGGAAAGGAAGUUGGCCUCCGAACGGCCUGGACUGAGUGGGCCAGGCCACGGCCACCAGCGGCGGGUCCUUCGACCAACUGGGCGGCGCGAUGGGAGACGAGAUGGAUACCGUGAUCCCCGAGCGGGAGAUGAAGGAUUUUCAGUUCAGAGCACUGAAGAAGGUGAGGAUCUUUGAUUCGCCUGAGGAGUUGCCCAAGGAACGCUCAAGUCUGCUUGCUGUGUCCAACAAGUAUGGUCUGGUCUUUGCUGGUGGAGCCAGUGGGCUGCAGGUUUUUCCUACUAAAAAUCUUCUUGAUCAAAUUAAGCCUGGAGAUGAUCCCAGUAAGAUAGUUGAGAAAGUACAAAGCUUGCUAGUUCCUAUGAAAUUCCCGAUACAUCACCUGGCCCUGAGCUGUGAUAACCUCACACUCUCUGUGUGCAUGAUGUCCAGUGAAUAUGGUUCCAUUAUUGCUUUUUUUGAUGUUCGCACAUUCUCAAACGAGGCUAAACAGCAGAAACGUCCAUUUGCCUAUCAUAAGCUCUUGAAAGAUGCAGGAGGCAUGGUGAUCGAUAUGAAAUGGAACCCCACUGUUCCCUCCAUGGUGGCCGUUUGUCUGGCUGAUGGCAGCAUUGCUGUCCUGCAAGUCACAGAAACAGUGAAAGUGUGUGCGACUCUUCCUUCCACAGUUGCAGUAACAUCUGUGUGCUGGAGUCCCAAAGGAAAGCAGCUGGCAGUGGGGAAACUCAAUGGAACUGUGGUCCAGUAUCUUCCUACUCUGCAGGAAAAGAAAGUCAUUCCAUGUCCUCCAUUUUAUGAGUCAGAUCACCCUGUCAGAGUUCUGGAUGUCCUCUGGAUCGGUACAUAUGUCUUCACAGUAGUAUAUGCUGCGGCAGAUGGGACCUUGGAAACUUCUCCAGACGUGGUGAUGGCUCUGCUGCCAAAAAAAGAAGAAAAGCACCCAGAGAUAUUUGUGAACUUUAUGGAACCCUGCUACGGCAGCUGCACGGAGCGGCAGCAUCAUUACUACCUCAAUUACGUUGAAGAAUGGGAUUUAGUGUUGGCAGCAUCUGCGGCUUCAACAGAAGUUAGCAUUCUUGCUCGACAAAGCGACCAGAUUAAUUGGGAAUCUUGGCUCUUAGAGGAUUCUAGUCGUGCUGAACUGCCUGUGACAGACAAGAGGGAUGACUCCUUGCCCGUGGGAGUUGCUGUCGAUUAUACUAACCAAGUGGAAAUCACCAUCAAUGAUGACAAGACUCUUCCUCCUGCUCCAGUUCUUAUGUUACUUUCAACAGAUGGUGUGCUUUGUCCAUUUUAUAUGAUCAAUCAAAAUCCUGGGGUUAGAUCUCUCAUCAAGACACCAGAGCGGCUCUCGUUGGAAGGAGAACGACAGCCCAGGUCAUCAGGAAGCACUCCCACCACCCCGACCUCCUCUCAGGCCCCGCAGAAACUCGAUGCUUCCGCAGCUGCAGCCUCUGCCUCUGUUCCCCUUCCUUUGCCGGCUGCUCCCACCACCACCUUCCCUCUGCCUUCUGCUGUUGGAGGCCCUACUGUGUUCUCCUUUGGGUCUUCACCCUUGAAAGCCUCUGGGGAGCCCCCUCCGUACUCUGGUGGCUCUGACAAUUCCAAAGCGGCCCUGGGCUCUGGCGCCUCCACGUUCUCUUUCGCGCCGCCUCCUCAAGCGUCCCCAGCCCCCACGCCUGCAGCCUCUCCCGUGGCACCAUCAGCUGCUUCAUUCUCCUUUGGAUCGUUGGGUUUUAAGCCUGCCCUGGAAAGCACGCCAGUGCCAAGUGUGUCUGCUCCAAACGUAGGAGUGAAACCCUCCUUCCCACCCUCAGCCUCUGCUGUCAAGGUCAACCUCGGUGAAAAGUUUAUUGCCGCGGCCACCUCUGCCCCUGGUAACAGCUCACAGGGCACACCGUCUGUGCUUCCCUUCUCCUCUGCCUCCAAGCCAGCUUCCUCCGGGCCUCUCAGCCACCCUCCACCGCUCUCGGCAUCACCCAGUUCCACGUCAUCAAAGUCUUCCUCUUCCUUGGCAUCAGCAGGGCGGUCUGCUCAGGGCAGUCCAAGUCCAGCACCCUCGGUAGUCCAGAAGUCUCCCAGGAUAACUCCUCCCAUGGUCAAGUCAGGCUCUCCCCAGACAAAAUUACUCCAGCCUCCUGUUACAGAAAAGCAAGGACAUCAGUGGAAAGACUCAGACCCUGUGAUAGCUGGAAUUGGGGAGGAGAUCGCACACUUUCAGAAGGAGUUAGAAGAUUUGAAAGCCCGAACGGCCAAAGCCUGUUUCCAGGUGGGCACUUGUGAGGAGAUGAAGAUGCUGCGGACAGAGUCAGAUGACUUGCACGUCUUUCUGUUGGACAUUAAGGAGACCACAGAGUCUCUUUAUGGAGAUACAAGUACUUUGAAAACCACUUUACUCGAGAGCUUUGCUGGUGUUGAAGAAGCCAGAGAACAACAUGGGAGGAAUCAUGACUCUAGCUAUUUCCAUUUGCUCUAUAAGAGACCACUGGAUCCCAAGAGUGAAGCUCAGCUCCAGGAAAUUCGACGCCUUCAUCAAUAUGUGGAAUUUUCUGUCCAGAACGUGAAUGAUGUCCUGGACGUGGAGUGGGAUCAACAUCUGGAACAAAAGAAAAAGCAAAAGCGUCUGCUUGUGCCAGAGCGAGAGACACUGUUUAAUACCCUAGCCAACAACCGGGAAAUCAUCCACCAACAACAGAAGAGGCUGACUCACCUGGUGAACAGUCUGCAGCAGCUCCGCCUUUAUAACCAGACCUCGCAGUGGAGCCGCCCCUCAGCUGCUCCCUCCCAGAGCAGCACUCACAGCUUUGACAGUGACCUUGAAAGCCUGCGCAAAGCUUUGUUGAAAACCACCAUAGACUCUCACAGCAAACCCUUGCCCACCAGAGUACCAGCUAAACUGUCCCCCGUGAAACAGGCACAACUGAGAAACUUCUUGGCCAAGAGGAAGACCCCACCGGUGAGAUCCACUGCUCCAGCCAGCCUGUCUCGGUCCGCCUUCCUGUCUCAGAGGUCCUGUGAAGACUUGGAUGAAGUCAGCUCGACGUCGUCCGUUGCCCAGUCUCUGGAGGGCGAAGAUGCACGGGCCGCUUGCAGAGAUGACGAUGCCGCGGCCCCGGUCCCACGGCAUGCCCCCGUGGUUCGCACUCCUUCCGUGCAGCCCGGGCUCUUGCCCCAGGCCACCCCUUUUGCUAAGUCUCAGCUGACUCACAGCGCCCCUGGUGUGCUGGGAACUUCAGUGUCUAUGUCUACUGGCAAAAUUAUUCCUCAGGGAGCCGAUAGCACAAUGCUUGCCACCAAAACCGUGAAACAUGGCGCACCUGGUCCUUCCCACACCAUCUCCGCCCCCCAGGCGGCCGCCGCUGCGGCACUGAGACGGCAGAUGGCCAGUCAGACACCAGCCGUAAGUACUUUGACUGAAUCAACUUUGAAGAAUGUCCCUCAAGUGGUAAACGUGCAGGAACUAAAGAAUAAUCCUCCCGCCCCCUCUGCAGCAAUGGGUUCUUCAGUGCCAUACUCUACAGCCAAGACAUCCCACCCAGCGUUGACCCCAGUGUCUUCUAAUCAGGCCAAGCAGGGAUCCCUGAUAAAUUCCCUAAAGCCGCCUGGGCCCGCACCAGCAUCUGGUCAGUGGUCAUCUGGUGACACAGCCCCAGGGCCAGGGGCAGCCAAGAUAGAAACAGCUGUGGCUUCUACCCCAUCUGCUGUUGGGCAGCUCAGCAAGCCUUUCUCAUUUUCUCCAUCAGGGACUGGUUUUAACUUUGGGGCAGUCACACCACCACCGUCUUCUAGUUUCACUGCCACAGCAGGGGCAGCACCCCCCACUAAAGAGUCAGAUCAGCUCGACACAUUCUCCUUUGGGGGGGGAGGCAAAGCCUUCUGUGAGACCCUUCCUGAAAGCACGCCUCCCUCAGGAGUGAUGGCGUCUCACACCACGGGAGCUGCCGCUGCUUCUCCGGGAGAGCCUGUUCCGUCUAGCGGCAGACCUGUGGCGCCUUCUGGAAUUGCUCUUACCACUGCCUCUAACAAGCUGGAAACUCCACCGUCCAAGUUGGGAGAGAUCCUGUUUCCAAGUUCUUUGGCUGGGGAGACUCUAGGAAGUUUUUCAGGACUGCGGGUUGGCCAGGCAGAUGAUUCUACAAAGCCGGCCAUCAAGACUUCAUCCACAAGCCUAACUAGCACCCAGCCGGCCAAGACAUCAACUGUCCCCUCAGGGUUCAGUUUUGCCAGCCCUCCGGGUUUUGGGAAGCACCUGGAGCCCCCUGUGACCGCCUCUGUGGCUGCUACCACAGUGGCGGCAGCUGCAGCCAGCACGAGCACUGGCAGCUCUUCAGCCGGUGUCUUUGGUGGUCUGCCACUCACCAGCGAGGGAAGCCCUGGAGUCAUCAGUUUCGGUGGGGCACCUCUAAGUGGUGGCAAGACUGGCUUUUCAUUUGGAAGCCAGCAGAUGAGUAGUACAGCGCCCCCGCCUGCCCCACCGCCAGCUACAGCCGCCACCUCCCCUCCUUCAUCGUUCCCCACACUGUCCUUCAGUAGCCUCCUGAGCUCAGCGUCUGCGCCCAGCCUGCCUGUGUCCGCUGGUAAAAGCACAGAGGAGGCCACAUCAUCGCCUUCGCCUGAGAAGCCAGGCAGCAGCGAGGCCUCAGCAUCCACCUCACUUCUAGGGCAGCAGCAGUCAGCCCAGCUUCCCCAGGCUCCUCUGCAAACUGACUCUGUUAGGAAAGAACCUGCUCCUGCCCAGCCUGCAGGCAGCAGCCCCAGCGCCACAGCACCCAGCACCAGUUCGGUGGUGCCUUCUGCAGAGGCCGCUCCAGCAGCACCCGGGGCCCCUGACGUCAGGGUGGACGCGGCUUCUCCUUCCCCGCUUUCAGUGCCUGGGCAGGCUGCCAUCCCAGCAGCUGCAACCAAAAGUGCAGGCCCUGUGGCUGUAGAAGCAUCAGGAGCACCCCCGUCCUCCAGCUCUGUUCCCAGUGUUGCUCCAAGCCCAGCCACGGAGGCUGCAGUGUUUGGGACUGUCACCUCUGGCUCACCCAUCUUCAGUCAGCCGCCUGCUGCCAGUUCUAGCUCAGCUUUCAGCCAGCUCACCAGCAGCACAGCCACUGCCCCCUCUGCAGCCCCUGUGUUCGGGCAGGUGGCAGCCAGCACUGCCCCAAGCCUGUUUGGGCAGCAGGCGGGCAGCACGGCCAGCACAGCUGCCACCACGCCCCCGGCCAGCGGCUCUGGGUUUGGCGGCCCAGCUUUUGGCACCUCAGCCACUGGGCUCUUCGGCCAGGCGACCUUUGGGCAGUCCCCAGGCUUUGGACAGUCGACAAGCAGCCCCGCAAGCAGCUUUUCCUUCAGUCAGCCUGGGUUCAGCUCCGUGCCCGCUUUUGGUCAGUCCGUGUCCUCCACGCCCACAUCUAGUGGUGGGAAUGUCUUUGGGGCUUCUUCCAGCACUAGUAGCUCCACCUCCUUCUCAUUUGGACAGUCUUCUGCCAACACAGGAGGGGGCCUGUUUGGCCAAAGCAACCCUCCAACGUUUGGUCAGAGCCCCAGCUUUGGACAGAGCAGCUCAGUGUUCGGUGGCGCCUCAGCCACCACCACAUCAGUGCCAUCCUCUGGGUUUAGCUUCUGUCAAGCUUCAGGUUUUGGGUCCAGUAAUACUGGUUCUUUGUUUGGUCAAGCAGCCAGUACUGGUGGAAUAGUCUUUGGCCAGAGCAGCUGGAUGUGGAUCCUGUCCACCGUAAAUGGCCGGAAUCUCAGUCUCUCAAGCACUCUGCCUGUCCCAGCUCCCCAACCUCCAGAGCACCACACAAUACAGAUUUCCACUUGCCAAGCAGAUCUCCAGGGCUGGGUGUUCGGCAGUCCCAGGCUUCCACCCGCUCACCACUCCGUUUCUCUUCCUCCCUUCGGUGAGCUGGGGUGGGGGAAGGGCUCGGGUCCCGCCGGAUCAAGGCUUUCGUACGUUACCCUGUUUCGUGAGGUCUGCUCUGUUCUUGAGGUCCAUAUGCAGUCUGGUUCAGCCUUCUUUCUUGUUGCUGUUUUAGGGUUAGUUGUAUUGAGUUUAUUUUUGUACUAUUUGUGGUUUUGGGAGGAGUUCUCCAUCUCACCUCUCGCCACCAUCUUGAAACUUCACUCCACUUUUCAUACUUCUUUGCUAGCCCUCUAGGAAGCACUUUCACAGCACAUUGCCAGGUCUCCAUCAUCAGCCUGUUAGGCCAGGGGUUCCUUCUACAGGUUCACUUCUCACUUCUACCAGUUCCCAUUUCCCUUUUAAUUUGGCUUGGUAAAAUACCUUGUUAGCUUAUCAGUGCUUUUAAAACUAUGGCUUUUAUGUUUUAUCUAGCUGUUUUCAGUGAGGAACUUGGUUUGAAUGACCUAACCCGCCAUUACCAGAAUCUAGAGACUGGAAGUUUCAUGUCUUUGUGCCAAGGAUCACUGACUUGGGCAGAGCCCAGCCUCAAAGGGAAAGAUGAUCAAGAAAAUCUCCUACUGAAGAUGUGACAGGAACGUAGCAUCUACCUACCCCUUUAUUAACCCCUGGGCACAUGCCAGUUCCGAUGCGUCACAGUACCUUUCUUCAGAGGGCCCCUCGUGAGGGUAUGCGAUCUAGAAGCAGCUGGCGUGUGGUGUAAUAGGAACUUUAACCUCUCUGGGCCCUCUGUGUUCUCAUUUGGCCAAUGGGAUGAUAAUAGUACCUGCCUUAUUAGAAGUAUUGAUGAUUACCUGAGUUAGUUGGUAUAAAGCACUUAAAACCAUGCCUAGCACAGAGAUAACCACUAGCUGUACAAACAAAUUAGCUGAGACCCAGAGGAGUCCCUGAACUACAUAUGGCUCCGCACAGAGGCCAUAUAAGGCUUCUGUUGCAAUUCUUCGUUUUGUUUCACUAACCAAUUAAAAAGGUAAAAACCAUUCUUAGCUCAGAGAACUUUAAAAAACAAGGCUUAGAAGUAGAUUUAGCCCCUGGGCCACAGUGUGCCAGCUGCUUCUAGAUCACAUACCUCACGAGGGGCCCUCUGAAGAAAGGUACUCCAGUGUAUCGGAAAUGGCUGUGGUUCUCUGAAGGCAGAACUGGCAUGUGCCCAGGGGUUAAUAAAGGGGUAGGUAGAUGCUACGUUCCUCUCACAUCUUCAGUAGGAGGUUUUCUUGAUCAUCUUUCCCUUUGAGGCCCAGCUCUGCCCGAGUCAGUGAUCCUUGGCACAAAGACAUGAAACUUCAGGUCUGUAGAUUCUGGUAAUGGUGGGUUAGGUC